UAAACAUCUAAAAGAACUGUAGAAGGGCACUUAAGACACUGUAGCGAAACUGUUACAGAGGCCAUUUUAGAGUUUACGAUUAGGACCGUUUGUUAAAUUUGGUAUAAGAACAGGGCAGUUAGUGGGUCGUCUCACUUCUGUUCGACGUCCCUUCCCUGCAAAGUGUGCUGGAGAGAGAGAGGAGAGUCUAGAGAGAGAAAUAGUGAGAGUUUUUAGAGAGAGAAAGAGGGAACAAAGCAAAGGAUAAAAGAAAGGAACAAAUUAGAAGUAAAAACAGGACACCCGUUCUCCCCUUAUAUUCUCUCUCUCCCUCAACUCUCUCUCUCUCUUCCACAAAUUUUGUUCCAGAGCUCACUUUCAAUUGAUUCUGCUUCUGAAUUCUGAGUACUUUGGCUGAUUCUGCUUCUGGGUCUCUUCAAUUUUGUUCGUUUCAGCCGUAUUGUAUAUGGGUUUUGCUUGAUAAAGAGAAUUAGAUAAGAAAAUGUCCAUGAAGAACAGAGUUGAGCAACACUCAAGAAGUGUUGUAUCGAAGAAAUGGACACUUCUUCUUUGUAUUGGCUGUUUCUGUUCUGGAAUGCUCUUCACCAACAGAAUGGGGGCAGUGCCGGUAUCUAAAGGUCUUUUGAGGACAACUGCUGUAGAAGCUGAAAGACUAAAGUUAGUUUCAGAGGGCUGUGAUCCGAAAACUUUGCAUCAGAAGGACGUAAAGCAUGAAUCUAAGGACAUUCUUGGGGAAGUUUCUAAGACUCAUCAUGCUAUCGAGACAUUGGACAAAACUAUUUCAAAUUUAGAGAUGGAAUUAGCUGCUGCAGGGGCAGCUCGGGAGUCCAUUAUCAGCGGCUCUCCUAUAUCAGAAGAAUUAAGGAAGACUAGCUCACCUGGAAAACGAAAAUAUUUUAUGGUUAUAGGAAUUAAUACUGCUUUUAGCAGCCGGAAGAGAAGAGAUUCAGUUCGUGCUACAUGGAUGCCACAAGGUGAAAAAAGAAAGAAGUUGGAGGAAGAGAAGGGCAUUAUAGUUCGCUUUGUCAUUGGUCAUAGUGCCACCGUAGGUGGUAUACUGGACAGAGCUGUUGAAGCAGAGGAUAAAAAGCAUGGAGAUUUGUUGCGGCUGGAUCAUGUUGAGGGCUACCUUGAAUUGUCUGCCAAGACGAAGACAUAUUUUGCUGCCGCUGUUGCUUUGUGGGAUGCAGAUUUCUACAUAAAAGUUGACGACGAUGUCCAUGUAAAUAUAGCAACACUUGGAGAAACUUUAGCUAGACACCGGAAAAAUCCACGUGUAUAUAUCGGAUGCAUGAAAUCUGGACCUGUCCUUUCUCAGAAGGGAGUGAGGUACCACGAACCAGAGUAUUGGAAAUUCGGGGAGGCAGGAAACAAGUACUUCCGUCAUGCUACAGGACAAUUAUAUGCCAUUUCAAAUGAUUUGGCAACUUAUAUUUCAAUAAACCAGCAUGUACUGCACAAGUAUGCUAACGAGGACGUUUCACUGGGAUCCUGGUUUAUUGGACUCAAUGUGAAGCAUAUUGAUGACCGGAGAUUAUGUUGCGGAACACCACCUGAUUGUGAGUGGAAGGCCCAGGCAGGAAACAUCUGUGUUGCUUCAUUUGAUUGGACCUGCAGCGGUAUUUGUAGGUCGGUCGAGAGGAUUAAAGAGAUCCACCGGCGGUGUGGAGAAGGUGAAAAUGCUGUGUGGACUGCUGCAUUUUGAGAAAUCAGCCAGCAGUUCUUCCCAACUCAGGAAGGAUGAUAAGUUGAUCAACUGUGCUACUUUUCUUGGUUAUAUUAGUGCUUAUAUAGAAUACAUACGAUAUCACACACGGUCUAGAGAGAGAAAGAGGGAGAGAGAGAGAGAGGAUGGUGCUUGGGCUUGCUGUUCACCAAUUUAGUAGAGAAGAGUAGGAUGAUUGCUAAAGCAGUCAGAAAGGGGAAGAGGCUCUCAACACACAUUUUUUACUGCUUGGAGGGCCCAAAUGUAACUUGUAAAGUUGUCACACUUUCAGUGGCUAUUGAGCUUAUCAUAACAAAAUACAAAAAAUCGCAAUGGCCUUAAUUUGUUGCCAUUCUCUUCCAAAA